AUGGCAGGCGUUAGACUUCAAUACCGUCGCCGCAAUCCCUACAACACCACUUCCAACAAUGUCCGAGUGAUCAAAACUCCCGGCGGCAAACUGCGACUGCUACACAUCAAGAAGCGAGGAACUGCUCCCAAAUGCGGUGACUGCGGUGUCAAGCUACCAGGCGUUCCCGCACUCCGGCCCCGAAAAUACGCUACCACCUCCAGACCACAAAAGACCGUGCAACGCGCAUACGGUGGAUCGAGAUGCAGCAACUGCGUGCGAGAUCGUAUCGUCCGAGCUUUCCUGAUUGAGGAGCAGAAGAUCGUCAAGAAGGUGCUCAAGGAGACACAGGAGAAGAAGACAGGCAAGAAGUAA